CAAAGUACAAGCCGCUUCACGAACUGUCAAAUCAAUGUAUGCCACUGUAUUCACUUGUAAGUUUUGUGUCACACAUAGAGAGGAGCAAAAAAACAAAACAAAUAUUGAUGUUCCAUAACAAAAGAUAAAUAACAUCGAGUUAUUGUACAAACAAAUUUACCUAUUUACAAUAGAAAGACUUCCAUUUUAAAAGGCCGUAGAAAUGGUUACAUCCAAUGAUCUUGUUGCAAAUGUUGUAUUUUUAAUUGAGAGCACGGCAAUAACCGGCGCUUAUAUGUCAGAGCUGAGAAACAAUUAUAUCGUUCCAACGCUUGAGCAUUUUUCAUUGCAAGGCAUCGCCGACGAACAUGAUCUAUUCCCGGUUGAAAACAGUAAAUUCAUAUACGGCGUGAUCGUAUAUAAAACCGUUCAGGGUCUACCUGGUGUAACUUGUAGCACAUAUGGACCAUUCUCAAGCCCACAAAAGGUGCUUAAUACGAUUGAUAAGCUGGAUCUGAGCGGUGGUAAAAGUGAAUCCAAUGCAAACUUAGCAGAAGGUUUGGCCACAGCACUGGUUUGUUUCGACGAUAUGAAUGAAAUUCGGGAAGAACAUCGAUUUCAAGUGCAAAAUCAUUGCAUACUUUUAUGCAACAGCACCCCAUAUUCAAUGCCAGUCAUGGAAUGCACACUGUACGAAAAUAAGACAAUCGAACAAAUGGCUGCACUCUUUCAGGAGAGAAACAUUAAUCUGUCGAUAAUAUCGCCGAGGAAAAUUCCAAUAUUGAUAAAAAUUUUCGAAAAAGCCGACGGUGAUAUGUCUGCACUGAACAAAGAUUUUUCAAAAGAUCCACGACAUUUGGUGCUCUUGAAAGGAUACUGCUUCAGUGAUCGACCGACAACACCACAAACGAGCGCGGCUCCAACACCCCACACAGCCACAUUGAAUGCAAACAUGCAAAGCCCAAGACAGAAUAAUGCACCGGCGACAAAAGAUCCAGUUUUAUUGAACAAUCUGAAUCGAAAUAACAGCGGAGGUAUGAACUUCCAACAAUUCAAUGCAAAUGCGGGUCCAACGCAGCAACAACAACAACAGCAGCAACAACAACAACAACAACAACAACAAUCAGCAAAUGCUCAAUCUCAGCCACAGUCACAGUCUCCAUCAUCCCAGCAGUCUCAGCCAGUGCCUGCUCAACAGCAGAAUCAACCUCAAAUUCAAGUGUCGACUCCAGCCAAUUCCCAGCCAAAUCAACAGACACCACAGCAGCAGCCUCCACAAACAACUCAAGCGGUUUCAUCAAGUCAGCCACAACAAAUGCCACCACAACAAGCACAACAGCCUCAACCGGGAACGGACAACCAAAUAAAAAAUCAAGCGCCGGUCUCAUCAGCUCCACAAGUUUCAACCGUAUUUUCAGCGGCUCAGACCAAACCAAACAUAACAACGAAUCCAAUGCAAUCAAAUAUGAAUCGAUUCCCUGUGCCACAACAACAAAGACCAAUUUUACCGAACGCAAACAUAAAUCCGAAUAUAAAUAUGCAGAAUAUGGGCGUACAACAACCGCCGGUACCAAGUGCAUUGCAACAACAAGCGCUACGUAUGCAAAUUCUCAACCAACAGCAAAUGCAACAUCAAAUUCAACAAGAAAAAUUACAACAACAAAGGCUUCAGCAGCAGCAACAACAACAACAGCAACAACAACAACAACAACAACAGCAGCAGCAGCAGCAACAACAGCAACAGCAACAGCAGCAGCAGCAGCAGCAGCAGCAGCAACAACAACAGCAGCAACAACAGCAACAGCAACAACAACAACAACAGCAGCAGCAGCCCCAGCCAACGUUGGCAAAUGCACAAAAUCUAAAUCAGGCUCCACAUCAGGGACUGAUGCAGCAAUCAAUGGAUUCAUCGGCUCAAGCACAAGCACAGCAGAACGUUCCCGGUGGAAGUAUGCCGCCUCCGAUUCGCGAGAAAAUUUGGAGCGGUGUUUUGGAGUGGGUUGAAAAAGCGAAAAAUACGUCUGCCGAUAAAAUACCACAUCAAGUUCCAUGUUAUGUCACAGCCAAAGAGGGCGAUGCUGAAAUACAAGGUGAUAAUUGGCCACCGCGUUUGCUGAUGCAACUGAUGCCAAAACAAUUGGUCGGAAAUAUUGGUCAACAAUAUUUGAAGGAAUCGAGAUCUGUUUGUUUCCAUUUGUCGCCGUGUCCCAGUUUGGAUAACCUCACUCGUGUCAUGAGCAGCGGAUUUGCUGGUUGUGUGCACUUCAACCAACAGUCCUCGUCAUGUGACAUUCGUGUAUUGAUUUUGUUUUAUUCCGUGGAUAAAAAGGCGUAUCUUGGUUUUAUUCCGAAUAAUCAAGCUGGUUUUGUUGAACGUCUGCGAAAGGUGAUUUCACAAAAACAAGGCGUUCGAGGCACAGGACAACCGAAUCCACAGCAGCCUGGUCAGUCACAGCAACCGCAAAUGAUGCAACCGGCCCAGCCAAACGUUUCACAGCAGCAAAUUCAGCAGCCGCAUCAAGAUCAAAUGGUGAAAAUGGAGUUUGGUCAGAUUUCGUCACCGAUGAUGGGUCAACAAGGCAAUCAAAUGCCAGUGCCCGUUCAGCAAAUGCAACAAGAUGCGAUGCAACAACAUAUGCCGAUGCAACCUGAUUUCAAUAAAAUUAUGCAGCAACGCAUGAAACUCAACCCACAGGCUCAGAUGAUGAAUGUUCCACGGAUGAUGCGUCCUGGCAUGCCAAAUCCAAAUCCAAACGCAAAUGCCGCUAUGAUCAAUCCAAAUAACAGUCUUCGACAUUUACUUCAACCACAAGGACAGGUAAGAUAUGGAACUAAUCUUAAGUCAUACAUACAAUUGGCUUCGUGUAGAGCGGUUUAUAUACUAUCGUCUUUGGCAUUGAAAAAUUGUAAUUUAAUGGAGAGUGAAAUUCAAGUUGAUCAAAGGGAGCAGUGGGCAAUUCUUUAGAGAACAAUGACAUACAGUUUUACGUAUUUUAUUAACUCUUUUUUUCAACCGCAGCAGCCAAAUCAAUUUAGACCGAUGAUGGGAAUGCAAGGGCCGAACAACAUGAUGAACCCCAAUAUGAACAUGAAUAUUCGACCCAAUCAACCAUUCAACGAUCCGAAUUUCGAAUAUAUGCAAUAAAAUUAUCAGUAAAAUGUAAUUUUUUUUCUCGCAUUCAUUUUUAUUUUUUUUCUACAUGAUCGACACAACUAACGAAUAAGAAUCGAUUUGCUAAUUAAUGUAUUCUGUUCUUAGGACUUUAAUUGAGAAACAAUGAACGCAAUCAUAACUGUAUCUUGGAUGGAGGGUUUUGUAUUUUCUUGGAAUUCAUAUCGUUUUGAGACUUGCAUCCACAUUUUGGAUCGGCUCAGACUCAGUGGCAUUUGCAACCACGAUGUGUAAUCGAUACGAAGACUUCCUGUUAAUAGCUUUAAGUGACGAUACAAAUAAAACGAAUAUUUUAUUUAA